AUGACAGAUCCAGCGUUCUUACUCAAUGUUCCGGAUGAGGUGAUGAAUUGUAUUUUGAAGCGAGUUGAUUUUCGAUCAAUUUUGGUUCUCCGGAAAGUCUGUCAUGAUUUACGUAACUUUAUUGACGAAUACAAAACCGAAUCCCAUCUACAAAACGUCGGUGUUUGUGUCACUUCAGAUAGUAUAAAAUUGGAUAUGCCAUUCAAUAUAAUUAGUUUGAAUUAUCAGAAAAAUUUAGACGGUUGUUUAAUUACCAGCUAUAAAUCAAAGCAGAAAUUGUUGUUGAAUUUGGACUUUAUUGAAGUUUUCCUCGAAGACUUCAAAGCUCUUCUCCGAUUUCAAAAAGAUUCAGUGAAUCACUUCUAUUUCCACUUCAAGAUUUUCUCGUCAGACGAAAACAAUUUUCUGAAAAGAAUGGAGCAAAAUCUGAAGUCCUGGGAUCAUCCCAUUCCGAUUCAAAGAUUCAACUCGACUACUGUAUCUCAAAAAGAAAUUAUGUCUAUUCUACCGUAUCUUGAUGCAAAAUGUUUGGAGACUAUCGAGCUUUCGACUCCAGAUUAUGACCGUAUCAUUCCAAUGGAAAUGGAUCAGAUAAUAGAAUUGAAUCAAUGGAAAAAUGGAAAAACAGUGACGAUCCAAAAACUUAUGACUUCGACUUCACUUCAUCAUUUCUCACAUUUUUCAAGAGUCACGAUUGUCUGCAAUUUUCUAACAGGGCAGGAUGUGACAAUAUUGAAAGAUAUGUUUCUUGCUUCUACUUCACUAAAAUCGUUCCAAGUGAACGCGAAGUGUGUCAAUAUAAGACAAUACUGUGAAAUACUAGGCCCCGCAUCUACAGAUCGAAGUAGAUUUGGAAAGAUCACAAAUGCAUGGACAUACAAUAUUCCACAAAACGAUCGAUGUCUGAAAUUCAAUCUUUCUGUGACAUCUGUGACAGAGGAUAAGGACACUACUGAAUCAAUCGCUACAAAUUCACUUGUCACUACUGCAACGGACAAAGCCGCAACUCAAGACGCCGAGGUAACAACUGCAGCAGCUGAAGGUUGA